AGGCGCGGGGGGAUCGCCGCGGGGUGUUGGGCGCUCAGCGAUGUUCGGCCUUUUUUCUAAGGUGCUCUCCUACUUUUGGAGACGCGUAGAUGAUGAGGAAGGAGAGGAGAGAUGGGCGGCCUCAGGUGACAAAUUAAAAACCAUACGAGGAGUAGUGACAAGACUUUGCCAUGAUUAUGGGAUGAUAGAUGACAUGAUAAUCUUCACAAGGGAUGCUGUUACAAAAAAUACGCUGCUGACUGUUGGACAGGAAGUUACUUGCAUUGUUGAAGAGGAUAAAACGUCAGGUGGCUUGAAGGCCAUCAGGGUGGAUGCUGUCUGGAAUACCUGGGGGGAGUCCGAUUCUACUUGUGGUGCUUCUGAAAUAAAUAUGAAAACAUUAAUUGGCAAUAUUACUGCUCUUUCUGAGAAUGGUGGCUAUAUUAAUCGGAAUACAUUUUUUGCCAUGGAAAGUGUCUGUGAAGGUUUCAAACCUCAUGAAGGUGACUGGGUGGAAGCAAAAUAUUUUAUUAACACAACAACAUGGAACAGUGAAGCAGUUGCUGUAAAGCCUUUGAGAUAUAAGCGAGUAGACAAGGUUCGCAUUUCCAGCAUCUGUGGAAGAAUUGGUACAGUAGAUGAGAGUAUAUUUUUCACUUUGGAUUCAUUGAUGCUUCCUGAUGGCUAUUCACCUCGUAGACAUGAUUUAGUGAACACGAUUGUGUUAGAGAGCAGUCAGUCAUGUUAUAUUUGGAGAGCUCUCUGCUUGGUGCCAGUCAGCCAGGAUGGACUAUCUCAGUCUAACGAAGCCAGUCUGGAUGAGACUUGCGAAGACUUAAUGACAGACAAAGGAGGGUUGGAAGUAUCAAGAAUGACUAAUUUUGGAACCCUCAAGCAGAGGGAUUCUAAAAGAAUGAUCAUUUGGAUAGAGAAUAAAGGGAGUGAACCGCAGUCCUUAAUCAGCUGCAGAUUAGCUGGAUGGGUGAAAGAGAAGCAGUUCAGUUUUCAUAUUCCUCAGAAAUGUGAGGACAGUCCAGAAACGUAUAUAUCAUCUUUUCCAAUAAACGAAGGAAGCCUCUCAAAACCUGAAAUUAAUUCAUAUAACGAGAGCAGAGGAACAGCAUCUGAGUCAUUGGAAGGAAUUCAUUCUGAGGAUACAAAUUUAUCAAAGGCAAAAGAGAGUUUUUCCUUGGUGAAAGAUGAAUAUCUACACAGUGGAGAAAAUGAGCAAAGAAAAGAUGUGGAACAAUCAAUAAAGCAUUUCAAUGUUACUGGAGAAAUUGUCAUACCGCCAGGUGGAAAAAUAUUCAUAGUGAUGAUAUGCACAGCCAUAAAUCCUGGAUACAGUAAAGAACUCCUGCUGCUUGGUUUUUCUGAUUUUACUAUUGGACGUUACAUUGAAGCCACUGUAACAACUGAAGAAGAAUUACUGAUAGCACCUGUGGAACCAUUUUGUCCAAGAAAGCCUAAAAUUGUUCCAGAGUCUCAGCCAAGUAAGACAACAGUAGUUGCCCCUCCACCCAAAAGAAAUAACAGGAGGCGGUUGCUGAGCUUUCUCCCGCCUUAUGUAAUACCAUAUGAAUUAAGAAAAUGUGUGGAGCAGAAGUUAGACAUACUGAGCUUUCAGCCUCUCCUAGCAGAGCAUCUUAAUCUAGAUAAUUAUAAAGCCCGCUUUUCUACCCUUUUGUGGCUUGAAGAUAUCAAUGCAGAAAUGGAGCUAAAAGACUUUAACAUGAGUGGAGUUACUUUGCAAAGGGAUGGGAACUUGUUUGUGUUGGAAGUGCCAGGCGUGGAAGAGGGCAGACCUCACCUGGUUGCAGGUGACAAGGUGAUACUGAAAAGUCAGGUCUACUCUGAGCAUAUAGUAGAGUAUGUUGCCUAUAUUACUGAGAUAUGUAAUAAAGAUGUUACUCUUAAACUUAAUGAAGGCUUUGAACAGGGUUACAACUCGGAACCCAUGGAUGUGGAAUUUGUUCACUCUAGGACUACUAGCAGGCGGUGCCAGCUGGCAGUUGAGCAAGCUGUUUACCUGGGUGAAAAAGUGUUAUUUCCGGAAAGGCUUGUCUUGCAAUCACCACAAGCUAUUAAGACCCAGUAUACUACUGAGUGUUGUGUUGUUGAUGAUGGACUUGAACAGUGUUCCCAGCAGGAAAGUAAGGCCAAAAAACUGCAGGACAAACAGGCAGAGUACAUGACAUCAUGGGAAGAGAACAUAGCAGGUGUGAUGAGAGUAGUUGCGCAAACAAGCCAACUUGUUGGUGAAUCUGUGACACCUAAACAGAGAGCUGGUGAAUUUUUCAAUCCUAUGCUGAAUGAGCAACAGAAACUGGCAGUGAAAAGAAUACUGAGCGGCGAAUGUCGUCCAACACCCUAUGUUCUUUUUGGACCACCAGGAACUGGAAAAACCUUAACAGUAAUUGAAACUAUUUUACAGAUACACUAUACUCUACCAGACAGUCGAAUUUUGGUUUGUGCACCAUCAAAUGCUGCAACGGAUAUGAUUUGCUUGCAACUCCAUCAAAGCAAUCUGUUGAAACCGGGAGCUAUGGUCCGAGUUAAUGCUAGCUGCAGGUCAGCAGAGCUUAUUGAUGACAUGGUGGAACCUUACUGCAGAGAUGGUGAAGACAUUCGGAAGGCGUUGUGGUUCAGGAUAGUAAUUACCACAUGCAGCAGUGCAGGAAUGUUUUAUCGACCAGAAGUACGGCUUGGACACUUCACUCAUGUGAUUCUGGAUGAGGCAGGGCAAGCAAGUGAACCAGAGAGCCUGAUUCCUAUUGGGUUGAUUUCAGAAGCUAAUGGACAGAUAGUUCUUGUUGGAGAUCCAAAGCAGUUGGGGCCAGUAAUAAAAUCUGAAAUUGCAGUGUCUUUUGGAUUAAAUGUGUCCCUGCUAGAAAGACUGACAUCAAGAGAGAUGUAUCUGAGAGAUGAGAAUGCUUUUAGUGCCUGUGGAGCAUAUAAUCCUUUGUUGAUCACAAAACUCGUAAAGAACUACAGGUCACAUUCUGCAUUGCUUGCCUUGCCAUCCAAAUUAUUUUAUCAUAAGGAGCUAGAAGCUUGUGCAGACCCUUCAGUAGUAACUUCUUUGUUGCGGUGGAAGAAAUUGCCCAGGAAGGGGUUUCCGUUAAUUUUUCAUGGAAUAAGGGGCUGUGAAAAACGUGAAGGUCACAGUCCUUCAUGGUUUAACCCAACUGAAGCAGUUCAAGUAAUGCAGUACUGUUGCCAUCUUGCUAAAAAUGAUAACGCUGCAGUGUCAGUGACUGAUAUUGGAGUGAUUGCACCAUAUCGUAAACAGGUGGAAAAAAUUAAAUUUCUUCUGAGAAGUAUUGAUUUGGCAGACAUUAAAGUUGGCACAGUAGAAGAAUUUCAAGGGCAGGAGUACAUGGUUAUCAUCUUAUCAACGGUGCGAUCUUAUGAAAGCCUGUUUGGUGAUGAUGGAUACCGUUUGGGCUUUGUCUCUGACCCAAAGAGAUUUAACGUAGCAAUCACUAGAGCGAAAGCUUUGCUGAUUGUCGUGGGAAAUCCUCAUGUUCUUGUGAAAGAUCCCUGUUUUUGUGCACUGUUACAAUACAGUUUAAUUAAUAAAGCUUAUGUGGGCUGUGACCUGCCUUCAGAGUUGGAAUGCCUGGAGAAGUGUGACUAGUUUUUCAGAGUUCAAGAUGCAUUCAGAAUGCUUAGCAGAAGUUUGAUCUCAAGCAAAUCCAGCACCUUUUGACCUCAGAGAAAGGCACAUGUUCCGAAAUGGUUUGAAGUUUUCAAUACUUCUUUUUUUUAACAAGUUAAAAAGUUGAAAUUUAAAAGAGCAGUGGCAGCUUAUUUGCUUUUCUGCUUAAAAUGUAUAUGACUUUAUGCCUCUGCAUAUUACAGUAUGCCUGAAUCCUCCAAGCUUCAGAAGAAAAAUAUAGAUUAACUCAUUAAGUUAAUGCUUCCUUUCUCUAUAUUUUUUUUUCAGCUCCUUAAUUUCUUUUUUUUGUUGUGCCUUCUAAAACUGGCGUGUCCCAAGAACGUGUUUGUGUUUUGUAAUUUUUUUAUGGGAGUGUUACAGCAAUAUAUAUACACAAUGUGAACUGUCAGAUGGUGCCUCAAAUGGUGGGUUGUAAAAGAAAAUUAAAACAGUGCCUUUGGUUUCUACAAGUACAAUGUAGAAUGAGGUAUCUUGGUUUAUUUUUGACAACAUUAAAAAUAACUGAUGGGUUAGCAGUAUUUCUGUAUCAUCUUCUCUGGGUGCUGUGCUCUCUCUUAAACAAGUUAUUUUUCCCUUUCUUGUCCUCUCCUUGGUCGUUAAGUCUUGCCACAGUUCUUUAGGAAUAGCUGGACAGGUAACCUCUGGGUUUAGGAACGGCCAGUACAACAAGAUGGCUUUCUAUAACAGACAAAUAUUUUGGAUAGUCCUAUAGCCUACAGAGAAACAAAUGGAGGGGAAAGGGGGACAGCAAGCUCUUGUUUGAUUGUUUACAGUCCAUUCCUAUCACACCCAUUCCUGGUAUGCACUGUGCUACUUUCCUUUGCAAUGCAGGAAUGCAAUGCACAAUAUAUAGAUACUGCAACUGGUAAGAUGGCAAACACGGUAAGAUAUCAAAGCCAGAUACUAUGUAAGGGCACACUGUACUGGGUUCUCCUUACUCUAUGACACACAAUUAUCUCUUGCCCAACCUAUACUGUGUUUAUCCAGUCUGAGUUGCAGCUGUGUUUGAGCAGCACUCUAGGCUGUUCAGCCCACCCUCUUUGACAUGGUAUUUUGCUGCUUAAAUUGCUUUCUGUCAUGACAGAAUAAAUGGUUUGUGUUGUUGCAGUGUGAUGCUGAAAAUACCAUGCCAAUAUUCUACAUCAAACAAGGGACAUUGUUUAACUAAGAGUCUGUCCUAAUUUUUGCCUAUUGAAAGACCUUUUGCUUCAGGACUGCAUUAUGAUGUACUGCAGCUCAAAAACCACUGCUUAAACUUGCUGCUGACUUUGCUCACCAUCAGUGUGCUCAUGCUCUUUCUAAACAACAGUGGAGAGAUGGACGACAUGGCAGAGGAUUAAUUGUGUUGUGAUACUUAAUAGCUAGAAGUUGUUAAUCUUUUAAUUGUAAGAGUUUCCAUGUUGACAUCAGUUUCUACAAAAAUAAAGUACUUAUCUUCCAUAUUGUGC